AAGUAAAUUGAAAUACUUUUAGAUCAUGCUGUCAAGAAGAGUUUUGUCAGUGUUUAAACCGUCGAAAUURCUUGAAUCAAGCCUAAAUAAUAACCUUAGAACUGGUUUUCGUCCGAGGCUGGGUGAAUUUGUGGUAACAUAUCGUUGCUUGUCGUCCUUUAGAGAAAGAAAGCGAUUUUACAAACGUGCGGGUGUAGAGACGGCGGAUGAUGGUUUCCAAGUGACUGUUGAUAAUAAGAAGGUUAAAACACCUCAUGGCAAUAACCUUAUUAUUCCCAGUAAACAGCUGGCUAUGGCUGUGGCUGCAGAAUGGAACAUGCAGAAAGACGUUAUCAAACCAAGCAAUAUGAACCUGACAAGUUUAUCUAAUACUGUCAUUGAUAAGCCAAACCCAAGAACAAAAGAACAACAAAUGCAAGAUGUGCUUGAGUUUCUCUGCACAGACACUGUAUGUUUUCCAGCAACAGAACCAGAUGACCUUGUGAAUUUACAGAAAAGAGAGUGGAGCCCAAUAAUUGAUUGGUUUAAUGAAAGAUUUGAUGUUUCAGUAACAGUUGUUGAUGAUCUUCUGGUUCAAACAAUACAAAAGGAGACAAUAAAAACACUUAAAUCACASUUGACGUCAAUCAAUGAUUGGGCCAUGGCAGGCCUURAACUUGCAGUAGAAACUUCAAAGUCAUUUAUUAUAUCAAUUGGGUUGCUGGAUAAUCACAUCAAUGUUGAAAAAGCUGCUUAUUUAUCAAGACUGGAGGUAGAAUUUCAGAUUGGUCGAUGGGGAAGCGUUGAGUGGGCSCAUGAUGUGGAUUUAAUGGAGCUACGGAGCAGACUUGCAGCUGCUUCUCUUUUUUAUCAUCUUUCAGUAAAAGAAUAAACGAAAGUGAAUGCAGUAUAAGCAUUAUGACA